UGAAAUCCGCUGAACCAAAUGUUGAUCGACCAUGCUCAGUUAUAAAGAGCCGUCCGUGCAUGAGGAUUGAGCCAGGCUGAGAGGGAGACAGAAGUAGAGAGAGAAGGUUCGAGCGUAAAUUGAGACCCCUUUUGGAAGCAGAGAGGAUAUAUAUUAAGGAAUGAUGGCCAGGAAGAAGAUGAACAUUUGCAUGCCGGUGUUGUUUGUGCUUAUCGCAGCUGCACCUGCCCAUGCUGCGCUCACCUCGAAUUUCUACGAAAACACUUGCCCAUCUGUGCAACGCAUCGUCCAACAAAUAGUGGCCGGAGCCAUCGCCAACGAGACACGAAUGGGUGCAUCUCUCCUGAGAUUACAUUUCCAUGACUGCUUCGUAAAUGGCUGUGAUGGUUCGGUGCUAUUGGAUGAUACUGCUACACUGAUAGGGGAAAAGACCGCAACGCCUAAUCUGGAUUCUUUGAGAGGUUUUGACGUUGUAGACACGAUCAAAGCAAGUGUGGAAGCUGCAUGCCCAAAUACAGUUUCAUGUGCUGAUAUUUUAGCUAUUGCAGCUCGAGACUCUGUGUUUCAGCUCGGAGGUCCAUCGUGGAGUGUUCUUUUGGGAAGAAGAGAUAGUCUGACUGCGUCCAAAGAAAAUGCAAACACUUUCUUGCCAUCUCCCUUCUCUGAUGUUGCUACCCUUCGGGAUAAAUUUGCAGCAGUUGGUUUGACCACAGACGAGGACCUGGUUUCACUCUCAGGUGGACAUACUUUCGGAAAAGCUCGUUGCGGUGCUUUCAGCCCUCGUAUUGGGGGAGACCCUCCCGACACUACAAUCGAUCCUGAUUUUAACUCCACACUAAAUAGCAUCUGCGCUGCUGGGGCUAACACGACUGUGGACUUGGAUCAGACAACGCCAACCACCUUUGAUGGUGGAUAUUAUUCCAAUCUCCUGAUAAACAGAGGCUUACUGUCCUCAGACCAAGCUUUGGAGUCGGAAGGAGGAUCCACGGCUGAUCUUGUCUCCUUGUAUGCCAGCACUCAGAGCAGCUUCUUUACAGCCUUUGUAAAUUCCAUGAUUAAUAUGGGCGAUAUCAGUCCACUUGAAGGAACUGAUGGCGAAAUUCGUGUUAACUGCCGUGUGGUGAACCCUACCGUAGCAGCUAUGUAACUUAAGGUCCCAGAAAUGUAUAUAGCUGCGAUGUUAUUUAUAAUUCAAACUCAAUAACCGUAAUGUAGUAUGUGUGGAUUUCGUACGAUGCGACAGACCUAUAAUGGAGCAAGAUCGCAUCAAAGUGAUGGGUUCUACGGAUAACUGCCUCACUUUUCUCUGUCGGUGAUGCAACUUGUUGGAAUUACUCAGGAGUGCUGUAACAUACUACUGUACCAAUAUUUACUUCAUAAAAAAUUGUCUAUUGUUCCCCUGUU